UUCCCCUUGCCUUUCCAUUCUCCGGGACCCUUUUGCAUAAAUCCCUUCUCUCCCACCGCACUUCUUUUAUUUUAUCUCUUCCCUGCUUCACUCGCACCCAUCCACCUCUCUACCGUCUCUACGAACAAGCCGCCACAGGAAUGGCGUACCAGAACCAGGGACCGUACAUGUCGCAGCAGCCGAUGCCCACGAUGGGAAUGCAGGUCGGCGCGGGUGGAAACCGCAACGCCGCGAACAAGCCGCUGAACAGCAGCGGCAAGCGUGAGUGGAGUGAAGGGUUGUGCGGAUGCUUCGGGGCAUGUGGAACGUUCUGCGGCGCAUGCUUUUGUCCCUGCAUCUACUACGGCAAGAACCGCCAACGACUCGCGCAUUUGACAAACAAGGGGACCCCGCACCCCGACGGAGGCUCCUGCUGCUCGGGCAUGUGUUGGGCCCACUGCUGUCUGACGUCGUUUGGCGGAUGGGGUUUCAUCCUGCAGUGCCUCAACCGGGGAGACACGCGCGAGCGUUACGGGAUCGAAGGCGGAGGAUGCGGCGACUGUUGCGCUUCGUUCUGGUGCGCUUCAUGCGAUAUCACACAGGUAUCGCGUGAGAUCGAGCUGGAGGAGCAAAGUUUGAUGGGGAAUAAAUACUAAAAGUAGUUUUCGUGUUUGGGGCUUUUAUUUCGGUGUCACGGAACACCUGAUUCUAUUUAUACAGCACUUCAUCUUUC